AUGCUCUUUUCCCGUCCCCCAGCUCGGCUUUCCUGGAUUCUAGCUUUCCGGCCAACUCAAAGCCUGCCGCGCUUUGGUCCGAGGUUCUUCUCUGUAUCUACCCCGAGAUACACCGUCGACAUGGGAGCCGUGGAUACUUCCAAACGCCUGUCCAGCUUGCGGCAGUUGAUGCAAGAGCACAAAGUCGAUGUAUAUAUCGUUCCCUCAGAAGAUAGUCACCAGUCGGAAUACAUUGCGCCCUGUGAUGGUCGUCGAGAGUUUAUUUCCGGGUUUUCUGGUUCUGCUGGAACCGCCAUCAUUUCCCUAAGUGAGGCAGCUCUAUCUACCGAUGGCCGGUACUUCAACCAAGCGGCGAAGCAGCUGGAUAACAACUGGACCCUUCUCAAGCGAGGUGUUGAGGGUGUCCCGACUUCACAAGAGUGGAUAGCCCAGCAAGCCGAGGGUGGUAAAGUAGUCGGGGUUGACCCGGCCUUGAUCACAGCUUCGGCUGCUCGCAGCCUCUCCGAGGCGCUUCAGAAAAGCGGUGCUUCAUUGGUGGGCGUGUCACAAAAUCUUGUUGAUUUGGUCUGGGGUAGCGAUCGGCCCGCACCUCCACGAGAGAAGGUCAGGGCUCAUCCUGAAAAGUAUGCAGGAAAGAGCUUUCAGGAGAAGGUGAGCGAUCUACGGAAGGAAUUGGAGAGCAAAAAAGCAGCUGGCUUUGUUAUCUCCAUGCUUGAUGAGAUCGCCUGGCUUCUUAACCUGCGAGGAAACGAUAUCCCCUAUAACCCGGUCUUUUUCUCCUACUGCACCGUCACUCCGACAACCGUUGAACUUUAUAUCGAGGAUGAGAAGUUGACACCUGAGGUGAAGGCACACCUUGGAGACGAUGUUAUUGUAAAGCCGUACGACUCUAUCUUCGCAGACGCGAAGGCGCUUAGCGAAGCGAAGAAGCAGGAUCCUGAGGCUCCCUCUUCCAAAUUUCUUCUUUCCAACAAAGCUUCGUGGGCCUUGAAUCUGAGCUUGGGAGGUGAAGAACAUGUCGACGAGUCUCGUAGCCCCAUUGGCGACGCAAAGGCUGUGAAGAAUGAUGUUGAAUUGGCAGGCAUGAGGGCUUGCCAUGUUCGUGAUGGGGCUGCCCUAGUCGAAUAUUUCGCUUGGCUCGAGAACGAGCUGACCAACAAAAAAACGACUUUAGACGAGGUUGAUGCAGCUGAUAGACUGGAGCAGAUCCGAUCCAAACACGAGCUGUUUGCAGGUCUCUCUUUUGACACCAUCUCCUCAACCGGCCCUAACGGAGCUGUCAUCCACUACAAGCCUGAAAAGGGAAGCUGCUCAGUUAUUGAUCCCAACGCUAUCUACCUGUGCGAUUCCGGGGCCCAGUAUUUGGAUGGAACUACAGACGUAACUAGGACAUACCAUUUCGGACAACCCACUGAGCUCGAAAAGAAAGCAUUCACUUUAGUUCUCAAAGGUUGUAUUGGACUUGAUUCCGCGGUAUUCCCGAAGGGUACCAGCGGGUUUGCGCUUGACGUUUUGGCUCGGCAAUACCUGUGGAAGGAGGGACUUGACUUCUUACAUGGAACAGGACACGGCAUUGGCUCCUAUCUGAAUGUGCACGAAGGCCCCGUAGGAAUUGGCACCCGUGUCCAAUACACAGAGGUCCCUCUUGCACCCGGAAACGUUAUCUCUGACGAACCCGGCUUCUACGAGGACGGCAAGUUCGGAAUCCGUAUUGAGAAUGUUAUUAUGGUACGUGAGGUUCAAACUACUCAUAAAUUUGGUGAACGACCGUGGUUGGGUUUCGAGCAUGUCACAAUGUGCCCUAUCGGUCUCAACCUGAUUGAGCCCUCACUUCUCAGUGACUCUGAGAUCAAGUGGUUGAAUGAUUACCAUGCGGAAGUAUGGGAAAAGACCCAUAAGUUUUUUGAGAAUGAUGAAAUCACUCGUAACUGGCUUCAGCGUGAGACUCAACCCAUCUCAAAAUAA